GUGCCGCUGCAGCGUGGCUAUAAUCGCGAUCUGGGCCGUGGUGUCGUGGUCCACUCCGAAAGCGAUGAUGCAGGAGCACAAGUCCUUUCUGAUCAGAGACCUCCUGGGGGACGUGUUGGCCGACCGAGUGCAAGAAGACUCAGAGGACGAUUCGGCCGUCCACUCAGAUUCGGAGGACACCAUCGAUCCCGGCAGUAGUCCUUGCACGCGUCUAGGAAGUCCACCUCCGGCGCUUUCACCGUCGCCCGGCCUCGCGGGCACGUCCGGAAAGUCCUGCGGUGUGACCAGCAGCGCACCGCCGACCGGCAGGAAACCGCGAAGGCGACGUACCGCCUUCACUCAUGCCCAGCUGGCUUACCUCGAGAGGAAAUUUCGUUGUCAGAAGUAUCUGAGCGUGGCGGAUCGCAGCGACGUUGCCGACGCCUUGUCGCUGUCGGAGACCCAGGUGAAGACCUGGUACCAAAACAGAAGGACGAAGUGGAAACGGCAGAACCAACUGCGACUGGAGCAGCUGCGCCAUCAGGCCACUGUCGAGAAGGAGCUCCUGGUGCACGGGCUCCAUCACGGCAGCAUAGACGCUUAUUGUUCGCCCUACAAUACACAAACGCAAACCAGUCAUCCACCGCCGCCGCCGCCGCCGGCAGCGUCCACUGCCUCGACGGCGGCAUUUCUCUCCACGGCGGCCGCGCUCUUCCGGAAUGUCACCUACGUGCACGGCUGUCCGCUUUAACCCGCGCGAUUCCGAAACUCUCGGGGCGGCUUCUGGAUCAGCGCAACGGAAGAGAGAGACUCGGAUGGACCAUUCGUGUCGUGAGUGUCAGUAUACCUUGAAGUGUUGUCGCGCAGGUAUGCAUUCCCGAUGAUUUCGGGGAUUCCCGAAAUCGUUAGUGAGUUAGUUCGGGGGAUUUUUCAUUUCGACAGAAUUGCUUUGCGUAACAAGCGACACGCGUAUACGGAGAGAAUGUCGUAGCCUUCUUUCAGCAUGUGAAAUCCUCCUUUCAGCUUUACCGCGUUUCUCUGGUAGCGCAGGGUGGAUAGAUACUGCAGGAUAAUAAAUUCAACUCUUGCGCUGAGGGAGAGAGAGUAACGUUUUCCAGAUAUUGUGCUUUCGUGAGCCAAGUGUGCACAUUGUUAGUUUUAAUUAACAAACCUGCCUUAAUCUUAUUAUUUCGAAGUAAGAGAAUCCUUAAGAAUAUUCUGCGAGGUCGCGCAAAAAUCGAAAUGCAAUGUAUGCUAUCGUUCUUCCCGAACGUUGACUCAAACAGAUGCACGGUAAAACAUUUUGCGUUGAAAAACGGUCCACUGAAAUUCUUGCGUUACUUUAAAAUAGGGAAUAUGUUAAAAUGUAUUAAAACAUUAAUAUAUGUUAAAUUAACAUACUCACCUUGUUAACAUAUGAAUCUUUGACGUAAUCACCUUGUUAAAGUGACAUAAACAUUUUCUUCAACCGUUUUGAACACAAAAUUUUUUACUGCCUGCAUAAAUGCCAACGCAAGGGGUUAAAGCAGAUUUCCAAUAGAAUUUACCUUGCUAAGGAACAUAUACAUAUAGUACGUUUUCCAGCAGUAGAUUGCAAUUCCUAAAAUAUAAACAGCCCGUACGAAAAUACGGAGGGAUAAUGAGUUAAGGUAGAAUGUCGAUAUGUUCCUCGGUUGCAAAAUUCUGUAGUGAUUUUUAUCGUAAAAUUUCCUCCCUCCCUGUAAUGAAUGAGCAACACGCAAAAACGAUGUUCGUGCACACUGGGUUCUUUCCUUUUCCCAUAACUCAAGUGGUGGUACCUUUCGAACUCGCGUUACGUUUGAAAUUGAUACAUCGUUCGUAUCUGAAAGCGAUUGGCGGGGCGAUUGAGAUAAUAACCGAUCCGCGUGUCGUUGAAUCUUCAGCGCGUCGGACGUCGUGAAGAUUUCCCCCUGUGCUCGGCGAAAGUUCAGUCGGCGAUCGUUUCUCCCACCGUUUUCCCUUUACAUGCGAGGCGUUAAUCGGGGAGAUUCACGUAAACGUUGUAAAUAUGUAAUUACGGAGCCGAGUUGGUCGGUCGUAGCCGAUUAAUUUUCGACAGCUGAAUUCGACGGGAGCUUCGUGGAGGCUUGCAUCUCCGAUUUGUAGGAAUACCCGAAUCGGCGUCAUCGUAAAAAAAAAUGUACAGAAAGGUCUAUUCUGAACUCACUUUUAGCAAUGAAAGUGUCUUAAAUGCGGCUUCUCAGCUAAUCAGGUAACUUCUGAUACCGCUUUUACAGACACUUUUAUAUAAAAAUGAGUUCGAAAGAAAGGUUGCAGCAUUUUUGCCUCGAUGGAGAAUUUCAGAACACAUCCGACACCCAGUAAGAAAAUUUAUCCUUGGAGGAUUACUAAAAAGCAACUUCUCCUGUUGGAAACCGAACGCGUUCUGAAAUUCAUUCGGGGCGAAAUUGUUGCAACCUUUUUUGCAUAUACGAUGUGUAAGUUUUAUUCGAUCUCGUCGUACAGAUGCAGAUUUAGUAUCACGUUCUUCGGGAAGAUGAACGAAUGGGGAUCAGCUACUUUUCGUCGUAAACGAGAUGAAAUCGUGCUACGACUUGGUAAUAUAAACUGUACCCUAGAAGAGUCCGCUCGAUCAACGAUGGGCGAUUUGAGCGAAUUGCGCGACUUAGCGGCAGGAUGAGCUCGUAGCUACUUUAAUAAUCUUAGAUCGAAUAAUGAUAAUGGUGAUUAUAAUAUUCAAAUGUGCAAUGUUCGAGACGACACGUGAGUGAGUGCAUCAGGCGCUACCGAACUCUCGUCCUCACUAAUUCAGUUGACCAUCGUUACUCGCCGCCAACGAUCUGUCGAGCAAC